CAAUGUCGCUGCUGAUCGCCUGCCUCCCGCUCGGCCUUGCCACCGCUCCUCGCGCGCCUCCGUCGCCUCUGGCGAUGGCGACGAUGGCGCCGCCGCUCGCACGCGUCGCGAUGUCGGCCAGUGCAGUCAACCUCGAUGCCGCAGCCGUCGACGCCGCCGCCGCCGCCGCGGUGCUGCCACCGACGCCAAAGACGAACGCAGUCAGCCGCAAAGUCUUCGGCAUCACCUUCGCGCUGCUCACCGCCUUCGUCGUGACCGGAAUCUACCCGCUCGUCAUCUCCGCCACCAUCUACUCGAAGCUGUUCGACAACGAGCGGCGGCGGGCAAACGACUACGUGGUGCAGUGGUGGGCGCGCACGACGCUGACCCUCUUCGGGGCCAAGGUGGCGCUCGAGGGGCAGGAGAACCUUCCUCCGCCGGGCGAGGCCGUGAUGUACGUCCCGAACCACUGUUCGUUCCUGGACAUCUUUUCGCUCUCUGGCUUCCUGCCGCGCCGCUUCAAGUACAUCUCCAAGAUUGAGAUCCUGCGCAUCCCGCUCGUCGGCUGGGCGAUGGGCUUUGCCAAGCACAUCGCGCUCGCGCGCACCGAUCGAAAGUCACAGCUCAAAACGCUCAAGGAGGCGGUCGAGACGCUCAAGGCGGGCAACUCCCUCGUCACCUUCCCCGAGGGGACACGCUCCAAGGACGGCGUGCUCGGCAGCUUUAAGAAGGGCCCCUUCACCAUGGCGGCGCGCGCCGGCGUGCGGAUCGUCCCCAUCUCCGUCGUCGGCGCCGCAGCUCGCGACUUGGCGUACUCCUCUGCGACUCCUCCCCGGAGCCGUCUCGGCACCUUCCCUGUAGGCACGCACGUGUUUGGGACGGGCGCGCUGCCGAUCGCCAUCCCGCGCGGCGUGCGCAUCAUCGUCCACCCGCCCCUCGACGCGCCGGUCGCCAAGCAGGAGGACGAGUCGAUGGCGGCCGCGCGGGCGGCGGUCCUGUCGGGUCUUCCUGCGGCGAUGAGGCCAGCCGAGGCGUGA